AAAUGAAAUCCGCUUAUUGCUCGUCGACUGUCUUGGUUUUUGCCAUCAUCUUGAUCUCAUUUUCAUGGGCGACCGAAGCUCAGUCACAUGACAACUUUCUUCAAUGUCUUUCUCUUCAAUCCAACGAUUCAUCUUCCACUUCUAACCUCAUUUACACACAACGCCAAGCUGCGUACUCAUCCAUAUUGGAAUCUUCCAUCCAAAACCUUAGGUUCGCCACAAAUGCUACCGCCAAGCCUUUAGUCAUCGUCACACCUUCGCAUGCAUCCCACAUCCAAGCAACUAUCCGUUGCUCGAAGCAACACGGUCUGCAGAUCCGGACUCGAAGCGGCGGUCAUGACAUGGAAGGUCUUUCGUACGUUUCUGAAGUCCCGUUUGUUGUGGUCGAUUUGGUUAAUCUUCGUUCCGUUGACGUCGACGUCGAUGAUGGCAGUGCAUGGGUGGAAGCUGGUGCAACCAUAGGUGAACUCCAGUACAGGAUUGCUGAAAAAAGUAGAGCCCUCGGCUUUCCAAUGGCUACUUGCCAUACCGUAGGUGUUGCUGGGUACUUUAGUGGAGGAGGGCAUGGCCCUGUGUGUCGAAAAUACGGUCUCGCCGCCGAUAACAUCAUUGAUGCUCGACUGAUCGAUGCUAACGGCGAAAUUCUCGACAGAAAAUCGAUGGGGGAAGAUCUGUUUUGGGCGAUCCGAGGCGGUGGUGGAGGUAGCUUCGGGAUCGUUCUUGACUGGAAAAUAAAGUUAGUUCCUGUUCCGUCAACCGUGACUGUUUUCACUCUCACGAAGACCUCAGAACAAAAUGCAACCAAACUCAUCCAUCAAUGGCAAUACGUUGCACCUAAUCUUCCCCAAGAUUUAUCCAUUCUCCUCACCAUAUCUGGUGAUGGAAAUGGAUCAAUUCAAGCUACCUUUAUAGGUUUGUUUCUGGGCAGGGUUGAUAAUCUCGUUUCAUUGAUGGCAGAAAGGUUUCCCCGGCUUGGAUUAGUGAAACAAGACUGCACCGAAAUGAGUUGGAUUCAAUCCGUUGCUUACUUGGCUCAAUUACCUCAAGGGCCCGUAGAGAUUUUACUGGACAGAAAUGCAUCAGUAAAAUCGUAUUUUAAAGUAAAAUCUGACUACGUAAAUCAACCGAUCCCAGAAUUUGUAUUCAAGGAAAUGGGGCGGUGGUUCGAGGAUGAAGAAGGAAGGAAUGCAACGAUCAGCUUUGUCCCCUACGGUGGAAGAAUGGAUGAAAUCCCUGAAUCUGAAACUCCAUUUCCCCAUAGAGCUGGCAACCUUUACAUCAUCAGGUACGUUACGGCUGAAGUGGGAGAGAUUUCGGAUUUCCAAAAGUAUAUAAAUUGGACCCGAAGACUUUAUCGUUAUAUGACCCCUUAUGUUUCGAAAUCUCCACGAGAAGCUUACAUUAAUUACAGGGACUUAGACAUCGGAGUUAAUGAUGAAGACAAGACAAGCUAUGAUCAAGCGAGCACUUGGGGUUUUAAAUAUUUUAAAAACAACUUUGAGAAACUAGUGAAGGUGAAGUCGUUGGUUGAUCCUGAAAAUUUCUUCAAGCAUGAACAAAGCAUACCUUCAAUCUAGUGUUGGAGAAGAAACUUCAUCGGGACUAUUAUUAGUUUCUUCAAUACAAUAAAGACAUUUCUAUGUAUUUUAAAAAAUAAGCUCAGUGCUAAAUGUCAAACUUUAAGCACUUGGUAUAGUUUCCUAGAUGAAAAUCCGAACGGAAGUGAUGUAAGA